AUGGGAGUUGGUUUGGAGGAAUCGAAAGAGCAGGUCGAGGAGCAACAAUAUGACGAUAGCAGCUUCGACGAAUGCGAUACGCCGGCCGGAGUGCUGUCCUCCAAAUUUGAUAAAACCGAUUUGGCGAUCAACACCAACCCGCUGCCGUACGGCAAGUACACGCUGAUUGGCAUCGAUAUAGAUACGACGGGUCGUAGACUUAUCGAUGAGAUCGUCCAGAUCUCGGCCUUCACUCCGGAGCGUCAGUACGCGCAGUACAUUAUGCCGCUCAUGAAUCUGAAUCCGGCCGCUCGCCAGCGGCAUCAGGUUCGCGUGAUCACGGUCGGUUUCUUCCGUAUGCUGAAAAGCAUGCAGACUUACCGUGUCAUGAAGACUAAGAUGGAAAUCGCGGCUUUGAACGAAUUUUUGGACUGGCUGGAGGAACGCCUCCGAGAGGACGAAGGAUCCGAAGGAAUUGUGCUGGUUUAUCACGAGCAGCGCAAAUUCGUGCCAUACAUGGUCAUCGAGGCGCUGAAAAAGUACAAGCUACUUGACCGCUUCACGCAGUCGGUCAAGUCGUUUGCCAACGGUUUUAGGCUGGCAGAGGAACGAUGCAGUAAGACGAUCAAGUACUUAACAAUCCGCCAGUUGGCGAAGAUUGUUCUGGACGAGAACGAAAACGCUCGCGAUGGCUUCGAGGGCAAUGCUACCUAUCGAGCAAAGAUGGCGUUCGAAAUUUCGAGACGCUUGGCAACCAAACCGAAGGAAAACACUGAGCAAAUCUCAGCUUCUACUCCGGCGGAAACUGAUCAAAGUUGCCCGACAUCGGUUGAAGAAACUACUUCUUCUACUCCGUCGAGUGACCCCACAUCUGGUUCUGAAAAGGUAGAAGAGUGUUCCGAGCAAUCCGAUGCGGAGCAGAAAGUGGUUAAGGUCGACGAUGCCACGUCCUCGGCCGCAGCAACGGAAUGUUGUAAGGCGCUUACCGAAGAGGAGCGAGAGAAGAUGUGCGAAGUGUUGUGCCAACUGGCUUCCCCGAUUUCUAACGAAAUAUCCGAGCUUGAUGAACAAGAGAAGAUCCUGUUGCGUCAGAAUUCAUUGCGUCCGGUAUUUCUGCUCUACUUUAAGACGACAAUCUACCAUCGGGUAAAGGCUGUAACGUAUAGACGAGUAGUAGCAGAAACUGGCCAUGAUUACGAAUCUCUUCGUCAAGUUUGGCAGGAAAGCAAGCGUGAGGGUUUGGAAUCUAUCAUCAAUAGCAUUGCUGAGUUAAAGGAAGAGGAGCGUACCGAGCUGCUGGAACUGCUCGAUUGCCACUACGAUCCGGACAAGCAGGCAUUCCAGCCCAUCGUAAAGCGCAAUAAGCAUAAUACAAAUAGAGGGCGUCCUUUCUUCAACAAGAAUGGCAACGUACCGAAACCCCAGAAUACAAACAACGCUCACGUCAGCAAGGAAAACCGAAAACCUUCUCGUAAUUACGAUAACCAGAAUAAUUUCUAUCAGAACAACAACAACAACAACAAUGGGGGAAAGCAGCAAAAACAGCAGCAGUACUUCAACAACCAAUCUUCGCCUGAAUCGGGCAUGCGGAACGAAGGAUCUCCUGGAAAACGGUUCCGUUC